AUGGGGAAAUUCAGAAGUAUCCUUCUUUUGUGUCUUGGCUUUCUUCUAGUCCAUGUAAGGGGUCAACAUGAUUUUGAUUUAGCUGAUGCUCUUGAUCACCCAGAUGACAUAAUUACCAGGAAGCCUACAGUGAUCAGAAGACCGACAAGGCCUGUGCUGAACAAUGAUCUGCAUUUAGGAGAUGCUCUUGGCGGGGGUGACAUCUCAAGAAAACCUUUAUACCCACCUCUUCCACCGCGACCGGGAAGCCAUAUUAAUUCUGGAGGUUUUGAUGACUCAGAUCUCCUUGAUGGGAAGCCUUUACCACCGCACAUAACAGGAGGAGAGGAGCAUAACGUCAAUCAUGGAGGAAACACAGAUUCUGGAUUAAUAGCUGGAGUUACAUCUCCUCUAAUUUCUGCUUUAGUAAUAUUAGUUGUUGGAUCCAUAGCGGCCUUCUCUGCUUACAAGAACAAGAAACUUUGUUUCAAACCACACGGUAAGACCAAAUCGGUUUCCGCUUUCCAAGCUGAUUUACUGCUGGAGAAGAUGGGAAAUUUGCAAAAAAUUUCAGUGGGGACAGAAACAG